CGUCUUCUUUUCCAUGAGAAAGAGACCCAAACCUGAUUUAUCUCUCUCUCCCACCCUCAUGUCAUAUCUUGCAACUAGCACCACCAUCAUCAUCUAGCAUCUUUCUUUCUUUCUUUCUUUCUCUCCUUCUCUCUUUGCUUUCUCACGUUUCGUACACACCAGAUCUCUUCCUCGGCAGUAAUGGCUUUCAGAGAUGCGUGAAUAUUGAGAUAUCCUCUUCAUUUUUUAAAAAGAGACUAGUUCUUCUUUUUAGAGAUUGUUAUUAUUAUUAUUAUUUUCUCCAUCGGUAAUUUCUUCUAUUUUAUUCACCAGAUUUAGUGUUAAAUCAAUCUAGUUUUUACCCAUUUUAGGUAGCUCUUUCUUCUAUUAUUUCUUCCGUUUUUUGCACGUCUGGAGAAAAGAAAAUAGAGAUGGAAAAUGGUGGUGUUGAAAGAGAUGGGAGUGUUGCAAUGUUGUUUAGUGAUGAAGAGUUGAAUGAGAUAAGUGGGUUGAAGAAAGGAGGAGAUUAUGUUGAAGUCACGUGUGGAUGUACAAGCCAUAGAUACGGAGAUGCUGUUGGAAGGCUUAGGGUUUUUUCAAGUGGUGACCUCGAGAUCAGCUGUGAAUGCACCCCUGGUUGUCAGGAAGAUAAGCUGACACCAGCGGCUUUUGAAAAGCAUUCUGAACGAGAAACUGCAAGGAAAUGGAAAAGCAAUGUUUGGGUCAUAUCCGAAGGAGAGAAGGUGCCAAUAUCAAAAACAGCGCUGCUAAAGUAUUACAAUAAAGCUUUGAAGAGUGCAAAUGGGUCUCACAAGUCCAACAAUGGGCGACCUUUUCACCGGGAUGAGUUUGUUCAUUGUACAAGAUGUAACAAAGAGCGUAGAUUUCGUCUAAGGAACAAAGAAGAAUGCCGCAUGCAUCAUGACGCUUUGGCAGAUAUUAACUGGACAUGUGCUGACCAUCAAUAUGACAAGAUUUCCUGUGAUGAUGAUGAAGAACGAGCAAGUCGUAAAGUGUACAGGAGUUGCUCUCGGUCUCCAACAUGCAGUGGGUGCACUUCGUGUGUAUGCUUUGGUUGCAAUAUUUGUCGUUUCUCAGACUGCAGCUGCCAGAUCUGCAUUGACUUCACACGUAAUUGCGGAACUUAACUCACCCCAGCCAUUCCAAGUUUCAGCACGGUUUCUAGUCCUUGUUGAUUCUUCUUCUCUUGGGUUGGGUAGUUCCCAUUUUUUUGCCGUUAUGUAGGCCCCUCACCUCUUGGCCCUUUAAUCCGUAACAUGUUAUUUGUAUUUUACUAUCUAAUGUUAACCUAAAUUUCCCAGUGUUGGAUAUUUGUGUUAUUGGUCUGGAAUUGGAUCUGAUCUUUAAAAUGCAUUUACCCUAUUCUCUAUUCGAACA